GGCAUAAAUCAUAAUAUGUUUAUCUUUCACACUCAGGCUAAGAUCUACUUCUCCUUCCCUGGAGAACUGCUGAUGCGGAUGUUAAAGAUGUUGAUCCUGCCACUCAUCACCUCCAGUCUUAUGUCUGGCCUGUCCGCCAUGGACACGAAGGCAAGUGGUCGGCUGGGAGUUCUGACCAUUACCUACUACCUGUGGACGACCUUCAUCGCUGUCAUCGUCGGCAUCGUGCUUGUGCUCAUCAUCCACCCGGGCACGGGCUCAGAGAAAGAUGGCCACCAUACAAGUUCAGGGCCUGUUAUGACCUCCGCUGAUGCUCUGCUGGACCUUAUCAGGUUAAUAUAUACAAGCACUAUCACCCUUUGA